AUGAAAAGAUCAGAAAAAUCAAGUACAUCUGUUGUUAGUAAUAACAAACAACAAGAUGUAAAUAUCAUCAGUUCAAAUGAAGUUGGUGUUAAAGAAGAAAAUAAAGGACAUCAAGAAUUCUUAUUAAAAGUUUUAAUUCUAUCAGUCAUUUAUGUUUUAGCAUUUUCAACUCGUUUAUUCUCAGUAUUACGUUAUGAAAGUGUUAUUCAUGAAUUUGAUCCAUAUUUUAAUUAUAGAUCAACAAUAUAUCUUGUUCAAGAAGGUUUUUAUAAUUUUUUAAAUUGGUUUGAUGAAAGAGCAUGGUAUCCAUUAGGACGUAUUGUAGGUGGUACAAUUUACCCAGGUUUAAUGGCAACAGCAAGUUUAGUUCAUUGGUCAUUGAAUUCAUUGAAUAUUACAGUUAAUAUUAGAAAUGUAUGUGUAUUGUUAUCACCAUGGUUUGCAUCAAAUACAGCAAUGGUAACCUAUAAAUUUGCCAAAGAAGUUAAGGAUACACAAACUGGUUUGGUUGCAGCAGCCAUGAUUGCAAUUGUUCCAGGUUAUAUUUCACGUUCAGUAGCAGGUUCAUUCGAUAAUGAAGGUAUUGCAAUCUUUGCAUUGAUUUUCACAUAUUAUUGUUGGAUUAAGUCAGUAAACACAGGCUCAUUGAUGUGGGCUGCCAUCUGUUCAUUGGCCUACUUUUAUAUGGCAAGUGCCUGGGGUGGUUAUGUAUUCAUCAUUAAUUUAAUCCCAUUGCAUGCCUUUUUCUUGCUUUUGACAGGCCGUUAUUCACAUCGUCUCUACAUAGCCUACAGCACAAUGUUUGUCAUUGGUACAAUCCUCUCUAUGCAAAUUACAUUCAUUAGUUUCCAACCAGUUCAAUCAUCUGAACAUUUGGCUGCCAUUGGUAUCUUUGGUCUCCUCCAAUUGUACGCUGGUUUGUCAUGGGUAAAGAGUCACCUCACCAAUGAAGCCUUCAAGAAACUUCAACGUUUGACAGUGUUAUUCGUUUUAUCUUGUGCUGCUGCCGUACUUGUCGUUGGUACAUUAACUGGUUACAUCUCACCAUUCAAUGGUCGUUUCUAUUCAUUGUUGGAUCCAACCUAUGCUCGUGACCACAUUCCAAUCAUUGCAUCAGUAUCAGAGCAUCAACCAACCACUUGGGCAUCAUACUUUUUCGAUCUCCAUAUCUUGGUAUUCCUUUUCCCAGCCGGUUUAUACUUUUGUUUCCAAAAAUUAACCGAUGCUAAUAUUUUCCUCAUUCUCUACGGUGUCACCUCCAUUUAUUUCUCUGGUGUAAUGGUACGUCUUAUGUUGGUUUUAGCACCAGUUGCAUGUAUUUUAGCCGCCGUUGCCGUCAGUGCAACCCUCACCACCUAUAUGAAGAAGUUAAAGGCUCCAUCAUCACCAAGUGAUGCUAAUAAUUCCAAAGAGAGUGGUGGUGUUAUGGUUGCAGUCUUAACUGUUCUUUUAAUUCUCUACGCUUUCCAUUGUACUUGGGUCACUAGUGAAGCCUACUCAUCUCCAUCCAUUGUACUCUCUGCCAAACAAAACGAUGGUAGUCGUGUGAUUUUCGAUGAUUUCCGUGAAGCCUACCGUUGGAUUGGUCAAAAUACUGCCGACGACGCUCGUAUUAUGUCUUGGUGGGAUUAUGGUUAUCAAUUAUCUGCAAUGGCCAAUCGUACCGUAUUGGUUGAUAAUAACACUUGGAACAAUAGUCAUAUCGCUCAAGUUGGUAAAGCAUUUGCAUCCACUGAAGAAGAUGCUUACAUACAAAUGAAAGCAUUGGAUGUCGAUUAUGUUUUAGUUAUUUUUGGUGGUUUAACUGGUUACAGUUCUGAUGAUAUCAAUAAAUUCCUUUGGAUGGUUAGAAUUGGUGGUAGUUGUGAUCCAAAUAUUAAAGAACAAGAUUAUCUCACCAAUGGUCAAUAUAGAAUAGAUAAAGGUGCCUCACCAACAAUGUUAAAUUCUCUCAUGUACAAACUUAGUUACUAUCGUUUCUCUGAAGUUCACACUGACUAUCAAAGACCAACAGGUUUCGAUCGUGUAAGAAAUGUUGAAAUUGGUAAUAAAAAUUUCGAUUUAACUUAUUUAGAAGAAGCUUUCACAUCUGUUCAUUGGUUAGUUAGAGUUUAUAAAGUUAAAGAUUUUGAUAAUAGAGCUUAA